AUGGCUGCUUACAUUCCGCUGGUCUUCCUGGCCUGCGGCUCCUUCAACCCCAUCACCAACCAGCACAUGCGGCUGUUCGAGCUGGCCCGGGAUCACCUGCACCAGACAGGUCAGUUCCAGGUGGUGGGUGGGAUUGUGUCUACGGUGAGAGACGGUUAUGGCAAGCAGGGCCUGGUAUUGGCCAAGCACCGCAUCGCCAUGGCGAGGCUGGCACUGCAAAGCUCAGACUGGGUCUCAAUUGACGAUUGGGAGAGUCAGCAGCCCGACUGGACAGAGACGGUGGUCACAAUGAGGUAUGUAAAUGUUGCCAUUAGGAAAAUUGCCAACUUGUUGAAGUCUGACAAAGACAUCAGUCAUGAUGGUGACCACAUAGUCAUCAAGACCCUCAGUACCUUUAAGAACUACAACAUGGAUUUCCAUGUUGGCAAGGAGUUUGAGGAGGAUCUGUCAGGGGUGGACGACAGAAAAUGCAUGUACUCUGCCCUCAGCCUUGGCUGUUAUAUAAAGAGACUGGGACACUGUGUACCUUCCCAUUCUGAUUCUGCCCAAAGUUCACCAGCCCACAGAACCAACAUGCCUGCAAACUUCAAUGGCAAAUGGGAGAUGGAGAGCAGUGAGAACUUUGAGGAUUACUUGAAAGCACUGAACAUUGACUUUGCCACACGCAAAAUCGCAGUGCACCUGGCCCAGACCAAAGUGAUCAUCCAGGAUGGAGACAAGUUUGAAAUCAAGACGCUGAGCACAUUCAGGAACUAUGAGUUCAUGUUCACUGUGGGGGUGGAGUUUGAGGAGCACACCAAAGGACUGGACAACAGGGUGGUCAAGGCUCUUGUGGUCUAUGAGGGGGACAAACUAGUGUGUACCCAGAAGGGGGAAAAGGACAACCGUGGGUGGAAGCAAUGGAUUGAAGGAGACAAACUGUACCUGGAACUGACGUGUGAGGACAAAGUCUGCAUGCAGGUGUUUAAGAAAAAAGAAUAAAAGACAAUAUCUGGAUAUCAGUUACUGGAUUCAUCCACUUUUUCAUACCUUCUGUCAAUAUAGUAAACUCCUGUUGUUACCCUUUAAACUUGUCAUAUGGUUUCAAACUCACAAGGAAAUCUGAAUAAAGCAUUGUAUAUUGUUCACUCUU